AUGCUUGCAGACGCUAUGGAGGCGCAGAUCGCAGCUAUUUACCUUUCAAACAAACAACUCUUCACAGGGGCCCCCCAACGGGGCCCCCAGGGGGGCCCCCAGGGGGGCCCCCAGGGAGGCCCCCAGGGGGGCCCCCAGAGAGACCCCCAGGGAGGCCCCCAGGGGGGCCCCCAGGGCGGCCCCAAGGUUGGCCCCCAGGGAGGCCCCCAGGGGGGCCCCCAAGGAACCCCUGGGCCCCCAGAGGGGCCCCCAGUGGGGCCCCCAGUGGGGCCCCCAAGGUCUCCAAGGGGGCCUUCAAGAUCCCCUAGGGGGCCCCCCAUCAACAUACCCCAGGGCAGGACAGGCAUAGGUCAGGGGCCCCCUAUAGCAGCUGGGGGCCCCCUGGGUUCAUUCGGCGGUAUGAUUGCUGCUGCUGCGUUUAUAGAUAGAUUUGUGCUGAAGGGGGGGCCCCCCAAACCCGAAGAGGGGCCCGCAACGCAGUCGGAAGAGGGGGCCCCUGAGGCAGCAUUCUAUGAUGGGCCUCCUGCUGUUAAUGUCCUCGCGUCUGCUGCUGCUGUUUGUGCUGCUGUUUGUGCUGCUGCUUCCGGAGAGGGGGCCCCCCAAAGCCACCUGGAGGCUCAUACAAAUAAGGAGACAGGGGCCCUAGCAGCACUGCAGCUGACUUCGCUCCCGCUUGCUGCAGCAGCAGCAGAUGCCCCCCUGGUACCUGACCCUACAGUAAUCUCUUUCCUGCAGUUGCUGCUGCUAGAGGGCCCCUCCUCACAAGGGGCCCCUACUUGCUGUCUCUCUGGUGCUCCUUCAGAAGCACUGUCUCCUUUUUCCUUCGGAGUGCAGGGCCCCCCACUCCCUCCAGGCAAAGCAACUCAUGCUGCUGUCUCUGACAUGUGGCUGGCGCCUGCUAGGGGCCCCCACGGCCCCAGAAGCUCUCGGUACCCUGGGGGCCCUCUGAGCCCUGGGGACCCUGCGGGCCCUGGGGCCCCUGGGGGCCCUGGGGGCCCUGGAGGCCCUAGGGGCCCUGGGGGCCCUGGAGGCCCUGGGGGCCCUGGAAGCCGUUUAGCCCCUGGGUAUCCUAAGGGUCCUGUUGGCCUCGGGAUCCCUGAGGGCCUUGAGAAUCCAGGGGCCCCUGGGGCCCCUGGGGCCCCUGAUGGCAAUGAGGGCCCUAGAACCCCUGAGGCCCCUAGGGCCCCUGAUGGCCCUGGGGCCCCUGAGGCCCCUGAGGGCCCUGAGGCCCCUGAGGGCCCUGGGGCCCCUGAGGGCCCUGGGGCCCCUGAUGGCCCUGGGGCCCCUGGGGCCCCUAAGGGCAAUGAGGGGUAUGGGGUGUAUGGGGACCCCUGGUUGUGUGGGUUGAGGGGUGAUAAGGAAGAGGAGAAGGAGGAGAAGGAGACAGAAGAUGCUGCAGAUUUGUUUUGGAGACAGCGUAAAAUUAUAUCUGUUUUAAUAAGAAGAGCGAGGACAGCUCAGAGUGGCUUUACUGUCUCUUUACUGCAGCAAGAGAGGGUCCCUUAUCUGCAGCAAGAAGCAUAUUACUAUCAAACUCUUUUCUAG